UAACAUUGUUUAUUACUAUAUAAAUUAGUGUUUCAGAAGGUACGUUCAUGGCAGGAACCAGGGAAAUCCUUUAUUCACUCCCAAUGGCUACCAGGUUGCCUACAAAAUCUUCUAUUUAUAACCAUUUCAACCGCCACCUUCAUCAGCAUAACCGACUUCCUCGUUCAAACUAUUUGCCUUACGAUUCGGGCAAGAGGUUGUUGGUGCAACCGAGGAAGGUGGUGGUGGUGGCGGCAACUCCGAUUAAAGCGGCAGCUGAAACGGCGGUGCAAUGCCAGGUGAAAGCUGUGGUGACGGUGAAGUGUGGUUCCAUGGAAUACGUGAAAGAUAUGGUGUUUCGUUGGUUAGAUUCGGACGCGCAUAGAGCUCAAACAGGCGUUGUUCUUCAGCUUGUUAGCACUCAAGUUGAUCCAAAUUCUGAGAAUCCAAAGCUAAGCAAGGAAGCGAAGAUCUACUGGUCAAUAAAUCCGAAAACAAAAGGUGGUAACAAAAUCAGCCUUGAAGUUGAAUUUGUGGUAGAUGCAAAUUUUGGGGUUCCAGGAGCCAUUAUAGUGACCAACAAAUAUAAAAAAGAGUUCUAUUUGGAAAGCAUCGUCGCCAUUGAAGGACUGGUUCAUUUUGCUUGCAAUUCUUGGGUUCAACCACAUGGUUUCCAUGCUCACAACAGGAUCUUUUUUUCAAACAAGGUAUAUUUACCUAAUGACACACCGGUGGGGCUAAAAAGGCUUAGGGAAAAGGAAUUACAGCAAUUAAGAGGCAAUAGCGACGAUAGUAGAACGACAUCAGAUAGAAUUUAUGACUAUGACGUUUAUAAUGACUUGGGUAAUCCAGAUAAAGGAGAUGAAUUUGUACGACCAAUUCUUGGAAAUCAAAGUCAACCCUACCCAAGACGGUGUCGCUCCAAGCGUCCUCCAACCAGUUCAGACGUAAAUGUGGAAUCUCCGGUAAGCAAAUACAUGCCGAAGUAUGUACCGAGAGACGAAGCAUUCGGAGAUUUGAAGGCGAAAGCGAUCACCGAAGGCAAGUGGAAAGCAAUGCUGAGAAGCCUAGUUCCUACACUAAAACAGAAGGCGGCCAUUAACGGCGAAGCUAUCAAGAGCUUUUCCGACAUUACUGAACUGUACAAAGAGAGUCUUCCACCUUUUGAAGAAGGCGGUGAUGAAUGUUGGGAGAAAGGUGGUUUGCCCAAGUUGCUUAAUAAGAUGAUCAAAGAGUGUGGGCAAGAUGUUUUCAAGUUUGAUUCUCCAAAGCUCAUUUCUAGGGAUAUUCCAUCAUGCUGUUUACGAGAUGAUGAAUUGGGACGUUUAACACUUGCAGGCAUGAAUCCCUUAAGCAUAGAAAGGCUCAAGGUGUUUCCACCAGUUAGCAACCUGGAUCCCUCUAUUUAUGGUCCUCAAGAUUCAGCCUUGAAAGAAGAACAAAUUAUAUGUCACCUUAAUGGGAUGAGUGUACAACAGGCAAUAGAAGAGAAUAAAUUGUUUAUUUUGGAUUAUCAUGAUGUUUACCUUCCAUUUCUCGACCGCAUAAACGCUCAUCCAACCAAAAAAGCAUAUGCAACUCGAACGAUCUUUGUCUUGACCGAUAUGGGAUCAUUAAAGCCAAUUGCUAUUGAGCUCAGCUUGCCGGAGAAGAACCGGAAUGGACCACCGAAGUGUGUCGUCACUCCUCCUGUUGAUGCCACUACCUGCUGGUUGUGGCAACUUGGUAAAGCUCAUGUCUGCUCGAACGAUGCCGGUGCUCAUCAACUAAUUCAUCACUGGUUGAGGACUCAUGCAUGCCUUGAACCUUUUAUCAUAGCAGCGCAUCGGCAACUUAGCGUAAUGCAUCCGAUUUACAAACUUCUUCAUUGUCACAUGCGAUACACGAUGGAUGUAAACGCACAGGGUCGACAGCUUCUCCUUAAUGCUGGAGGAAUUAUCGAGUCCCACUUCUUCACUGCAGCAUGUUCAAUGGAGGUUUCUGCUUCUGUAUAUCAGAAUUGGUGGCGCUUUGACAUGGAAAGCCUUCCUGCAGACUUGAUUCGAAGAGGAAUGGCAGUACCAGAUGCAACCGAGCCACAUGGACUUAAACUACUCAUCGAAGACUAUCCAUACGCAACAGACGGCUUACUGAUAUGGUCUGCGAUCGAGCAACUAGUUCAAGCCUAUGUACACUACUACUACCCAGAAGCAAAUAUCAUUGAAUCAGACUCAGAACUCAAUGCAUGGUACCAUGAAUCCAUCAACAUAGGCCAUGCAGAUAUUCGACAUGCCAGCUGGUGGCUGAAACUCUCGACUCCAAACAAUCUUAUCUCUAUCCUCACCACCAUUAUCUGGCUUGCAUCAGCGCACCAUGCGGCGGUGAACUUCGGGAUGUACCCUUAUGGCGGGUAUUUCCCAGUACGGCCACCAUUUAUGCGACGACUAGUCCCAAACGAACGCGACCCCGACUACACAACUUUCCUCGCGGAUCCAGAGGGAUAUUUCCUAGCAUCAUUGCCAUGUUUAGAUCAAAUGUUGCACUAUAUAUCUGUUCUUGACAUACUAUCCACACAUUCAGCUGAUGAAGAGUAUUUGGGAGAUAGAAAAGACCUUUCAGCAUGGGCUGGAGACCCUGAAAUUGUUGAAGCAUUGUACAAAUUUUCCAUGGAAAUGAAGAAGAUAGGGAAAGAGAUUGAAAAAAGAAAUGGUGACCCAAAUCUUAGGAAUAGAUGUGGGGCUGGGAUUUCACCAUAUGAGCUACUUUUGCCAUCAUCAGGACCUGGAGUUACUUGCAGGGGUGUGCCUAACAGUGUCUCAAUUUGAAGGUAAAAAAAAAAAAAUCUAUUUUAUUCAUUUUUAGUUAAUGUUUAUGAGUUUUACUUGGCAAACAUUCAACAUUUAAGAAAUCAAUAGCAAGCAAAUUGAAUUUUACUUAGCCAA